AUGGACACAUAUAAAGACACCUUCAGUCGCCUACACGCAAAACGCCCACUCGAAGUCAUCGUCGUCGGCGCCGGCAUAGGCGGACUAUGCGCCGCUCUCGGCCUCAGACAAGCAGGCCACGAUGUCGUCAUUCUCGAACGAGUCAGCGAGAUCAAAGAAAUCGGAGCAGGAAUUCAAAUGGCACCGAAUGCAUCGCGGAUCAUGGGUCGGUUUGGACUACUGGAAAAAGUGAUGGACAAGGCGACUGUGGUGCAGAAGAACUCGCUGCGACGGUAUGCGGAUAAUGUGGAACUGGGGACCGCGCCCUUGAUGCCGGCGGUCGGAGAGAAAUAUCACGCCCCGCUUGCCGCCAUCCAUCGAGGCGAUCUACAACAUAUCCUGCUCGAGGCUGUAAAAUCUACCGGCGUAACAAUCAGAACCAACGCCCGAGUCAUCCGCGUCGACUCAACCUUCGAAGCAAAAGUCCAACUCGAAUGCGGAGAAUGGAUAUGCGGCGAUGUAGUAAUCGGUGCUGACGGAAUCAAAUCCGACAUUCGUCGGCAGAUGGCAGGCAAGAAAGGCGUCCAAGAUGGCUGUCAACCAACAGGCGACGCAGCAUAUCGCAUCCUCAUACCGAAAGAGAGGAUGGAGAACGACGACCGCGCGAUGGCAUUGCUGAAUUCGAAUAUCGGGAUGCGCUGGAUGGGGCCGGGCGGUCAUAUCAUGGGGUAUCCGAUUAAGAAGCAUACUGUGUAUAACAUGGUGUUAUUGCAUCCGGAGAAGCCAGGUGGAAGGAUAGAAGAAAGCUGGACGACGAAAAGCGACAAGAAAGAGAUGAUGGAGUUUUAUGCGCAGUGGAAUGACCUCGUUCGGGAUCUGCUAAGUUACGUUCCUGAUGGCGAGGUGGUGGAGUGGACGCUCAACUCGCACUCUCCGUUGCCGUCGUGGUUUGAGAAUAAAUGCGUCUUGAUGGGCGACGCGUGCCAUCCCAUGCUUCCGUAUGUUGCGCAGGGAGCAGCACAGGCGAUUGAAGAUGCGGGGGUAUUAACCUGUGCAUUGUCACUGACGGACGAUGUCAAAACAGCGCUGGCAGUGUAUGAAAGAGUGAGGAAAGAUCGCGCAGAAAGGAUACAGAAUAGUGCCUCGGUGACUCGAAAAGCACUGCAUCUGCCAGAUGGAGAGCAGCAGAGGAAGCGAGAUGCAGCCUUCAAAGGAACAGGCAAGAAUCCAGAUUUAUGGGCAGAUCGAGAGUUUCAAGACUUCAUGUGGGGUGAGCUUAUACAGACUGUGGGUAUAAACAUAGAUGCUGACUUAAUAGGCACCGAUGUGAUGAAGCAGACAGUUGAGAAUUGGGAUAGUCUGGUUGCUUUGACAGCUGGUCGACAUACAUACAAGUCGUGGAUAUUAUGGAUGUGUUAUUUACUGGCUUUAUUGGUGGUAUUUGCUUUGUACAUCCUAUACUAG